GUAAGUAACCCAACCUUUGCCAACCAAGGUUCCCAAAAUACCGAAUAUACCGCGAGAUGUUUUAUGUUCUCGCGACAGUUACGUCAGAAACAGACAAUAUGGCGGACCGGCUAACACAACUUCAAGACGCAGUCAAUUCGCUUGCUGAUCAGUUUUGUAAUGCUAUCGGCGUUCUGCAACAAUGUGCACCUCCUGCAUCCUUCAGUAACAUCCAGACAGCUAUCAACAAGGAUCAACCAGCAAACCCAACAGAAGAGUAUGCCCAGCUGUUUGCAGCCCUUAUAGCCCGAACAGCCAAAGAUGUGGAUGUACUCAUAGACUCUCUGCCCAGCGAGGAGUCCACAGCAGCUCUGCAGUCUGUGACCUCUCAUCAGGCAGCCAGUCUGCGGCAGCUGGAGGAGGAGAACCAUGAGGCAGCAGCUCGGCUGGAAGAGGUGGUUUACCGCGGCGAUAUGCUGCUGGAGAAGAUCCAGAGUGCACUGGCUGACAUCGCCCAAUCCCAGCUCCGCACCCGCAACGGGGCACCUAGCCAGCCGUCACCGGCUGAAUCCUGACCCGAGGAAUGCAUAAUAUGAUUCUGGACAAUUUUCAGUCUUUUCAGCUAUUUUUUUUUUCUUUGCCUUCAGCCACAAUAGGCCUGCCAAAUGUGGUGUGUGUUCACAUGUCAAAUGUGUGAAAAUGUAGAUGCUGAAGCGGUUCUGUGUGGAUGAGGUCAUCUUUAUGUUUUUUGUUUGUUUUUGAAACGUCAUUUCUGCAGCUCAGCUAAAGAAGGAUGAAAGAUGGUGUCUUUACAUGCACACGGAUCCUCUUUUUCCUGAAAUUUUUAUUUUUAAAAAAUGAAAACAAAAAAAAACUUCUCCGUGGGUCUGAGGAGACCAAUCUGCCAGGUGUUCUGUGAUUUAUGUACACUAUAUGUUAUAUAUUUAUGUCUGAUUUUGUAGAUAUUCAAUUAAACCAUCAUAGCUCAUC